CCGCUGAUACAAAAUCAAAACUAUUCAAUCAUUCAAAAUAGGCGGUUCUAGUGAAUUAUACCGAAGCGCGCCUGGUGUCAACGUUUGGCAUCAGACAAUCGGAUAUACCAAGCAGGUGCUUGGCGAAUAGUAGUAAGUGCGUGGUGACAAGUGCUUGUGGCCGCGCACCCAACUAAGGGCAAUCACAGUGAUUUUUUCUAUUUGGUGUGGUGAUUGUGAUUGUGCAUGUGUAGUGCGCCGAGCGUCAUCGAUUUGGAUCAUAAGAAGAACUUAAUUUGGACUGACGAUUUGCCCGACCGUCUCCGCUAUGAUCCCGAUGCAAGUGUCGGGCUAUCUCGCCCCUCCGUCCCUGUCUUCGCUGCAGUGCGGCCAGCAGCAGACGAUGCACGCCUGGUCCUCGGACACGCAGAGCGAAGUGUCCUCCAUGGCUGAUGUCGAGGUGCGGGACCUGGUCACCGCUUUGGGGCUGAGCAGCCAGGAUGAAUUGCACGAAGAACGAUUCCGAGUUGAUCGGCGCCGUUUGGAACAGAUGAUUAUGGGCGAGGGAGAAACAGCGGAGACGGCGGUGACGUUUUUCCAAAAGAUUAUGGAUGAGACAAACACGUACAUAAGCUGGCCUUCACGAUUAAAGAUUGGAGCAAAAUCUAAAAAGGACCCCCAUGUAAGGAUCGCUGGACGACUACUUGAUAUUCAACAAGCAAGACAAAGAGUGCUGGCCAUUCUGGACGCCCGUGGAGCUCGAGUGACGAUGAAAUUAGACGUGAGCUACACUGAACACUCCCACAUAAUUGGCAAAGGGGGUUUGACGAUUAAGAAAGUAAUGGACGAAACCGGCUGCCACAUACAUUUUCCUGACUCGAACCGUUCAAAUCCUAACGAGAAAAGCAACCAGGUUUCAAUCGCAGGCGACAUUGCAGGAGUGGAGAAGGCACGAGCUAGUCUUCGUGCAGUCACUCCGCUUAUUUUCAGUUUCGAGUUGCCUGUUCUUGGGGCCAACCAGACCGUCCCUGAUCUCAACUCUCCUCGCGUUCAACAAAUUCAGGAGGGAUACAAUGUGCAAGUAAUGUUUCGUUCGCGGCCUAAAUUACAUGCUACCCUGGUGGUUGUGAAAGGACAUGAACGUGAUGUGGUUAAUGUGAAAAAGGCUACCAUGUUGCUCAUCAAAUACAUGUGUGAUUCUGUUGCUAAUCAGAUCAAUGUGCAAAUGACUAUCGAGAUCUCACCCCAACAUCAUGCUGUUGUUCUUGGGACUAAUUCACUGCAAUUGAAAGGAAUCAUGCAACGCACUCAAACUCAAAUAAUGUUUCCAGACGCUUUAGACCCAAACAUCCCAUCCUUGAGACGCAGCUGUGUGACAAUAAUUGGAAACAUCGAUGGAGUUUAUAGUGCUAGGCAACAGCUAAUUGGUUCACUGCCUCUUGUGAUGAUGUUUGACUUGCCAGAUAACGUAGGCACGACUGACCCAGAUAACAUAAAUAAUUUAAUGAAAUCUUUAGAUCUGGUAAUUCAAGUUCGUCAUAAACCCAAACAAAAUACUAUGUCCGUUAUUAUUAAAGGGAUUGAGAGGAAUGCAACAAAAAUGUAUGAAGCCCGUAACAAACUUCUGAAUAUUACUGAACCCAGAAUUGUAGCUGACAUACCCCCAUCAUAUCAUGUACCGAGUGGUGCAGAAACCAUUGCUCUUCCAAUAUUAUCACAACCACCAUUAUCACCUGUUUUGUCACCAUUGCCUUGGAAUCCUCUUGGUAGUCCAUUUACUUAUGCUCUACCAACUGCUUUACCGACAGCCGCUUCACCUACUUCAAGUAUACCUCAACCAUUUAAACUGAGAUCAUUGCAAGGAAUUGGUGUACUGAGUAAUGUAGAUUCUAGUCAAGAUUCAUCAGGAUACCAGAGUUAUACUAGUAGUAGCAGCAAUUCAUUAGAAUUCCCAAAUUCUAGCUGUUCUUUAUCCAACAGUCCAAGAAAUAAUUCUCCUGGAUCACUAUCAACUACUUCUACUACUAAUCAUCACUCGCAAUAUAGCUCUCUUGGAUCCACAAGUGGAGUCGGUUCUACUAGUGCCAUAAAUGAUCUCACUGCCUCAAUGUAUGACUUGUCGACUACGGAUAGAAGAGCUCCUGGAUGUGAAAAGGCAAUGAAUACUCCCAAAGGAUUAUCUAAAACUAUUGGUAAUUCUACUAAAACAGAAUCUGGAAUAACUCCAGAAAUGGCGCGAAUGAAAAUGAUGGCUUUGAAAGCUUUGAAUAUUCCUCCAGCAGGAGAACUUAGAAUUCCCAAUUCCAACUGGGCUGGAUAUGGGUUCAGUCAAACUUCGCAAGGUCUCCAAUCUAUUUUUACGGAGGAUGAUGAUGUUUGGGCACCUACACAUCAAGUCACCAUGUCUUCUCCAAUGAGAAAUUCGUUGACUGGUCCAGGAAAUGUAACUAAUCAUGGUAGUCAAAUCGAAGUUAUGAAUAAGAAUGAUUUGUCAGUUCUUCUGGCUGCUAAUGGUCUUGAAAAAUAUAUUGAAAUAUUUGAAUCUCAUGAAAUUGAUCUGAAGACAUUCUGCUCUCUAAAUGAACAUGAUUUGAUCCAAAUCGGAAUCAAAGCUUGGGGAGCUCGUCGACGCAUGCUAAUGGCCGCUGCUGAUUACACCAACAAAGCAUCACGUGGCCCAUUGCAUUCAACUGGUGAUAUUAAUAUGACUUCAUUAAAUGUUGCACCAGGCGCAGAGAGACGCCACUUUUCUUCUUCUGACCUCUGGCCUUAAAGUUUUUGUGAUACAUCUUAUAGACCAAUGAGCCUCAGUAUAAAUCUAUGCUGUACCUUCCAAAUGAUACCAAUGACGCAAGUAACUAUUUGUUUUGUUUAUUUUUUGUGAUAAUGUUGAUUUCAUUUUUGAACCAAUUUAACUCAAUUUUGCGAAAUGACCUGUGAUAAUUUUUAGUUAGGUCUAAGAUCACUUAGCAUAUUUGCUUGAGAUAUCCUGAAAUAGAGGGUAUGUAAAAAUGACUGAAUUUAUUUGUACCUCGAAUGUGAUUGACUGAGUGUUUCAUAUUGAUAGUAGAUAGUCAAGUCUAAAGACAAUGCAAUAAUACUUUCU